CUUCCUUCCAUGCGUUCACUGAAUCAAACCACUACCACGGUUGGACUAGUCCUUUUUCUGACCAUCGCCUUCUUCCCCACGCUUUUCAAUUACAUCUUUUGCACCCUGCCAUUAGCAAUCAUCACCGGAAACCUCUCGCGUUUGACGGUGUCGUCAUCGGCCAAUCGCCCGUCUUCAUACACAUCCCACCCAUCCGCCAAAAUGAGCUGGUUCCAAAAGCAAUUCACUCUGCCCGCGAAGUCUCGGGGCUCAUACCUGAUCACUGACACGGUGGUGAAGGAGAUCCCCGAGAUCAAGAACUACAAAGUUGGGUUGCUCAACUUGUUCGUCCAGCACACAAGCUGUGCCCUUUCCCUAAACGAAAAUUGGGAUGAAGACGUGAGGGAGGAUAUGAGCAAUGCUCUCGACCGCAUUGCGCCUGCGGCUGGCCCGAAGGGAGAAUCUCUAUAUUUGCACAGCGCUGAAGGUCCCGAUGACAUGCCGGCUCACAUCAAAUCAGCACUGGUUGGAGCCUCUGUUACGAUACCAAUCUCGAAUGGCAAGCUGGCAACGGGAACCUGGCAAGGAAUCUGGUAUCUCGAAUUCAGAGCUUCCAAACAUCAACGCAAGAUUGUUGCCACAAUCCAAGGCGAGAAGAUGUAACUCGUCAACCCAGCUUCAAUUGACCGUCAGGAACUUGCAUAUUCGAUCUUUUGCGCCCACAAUCCGCGAUGCUUGUGAUUCGUGACCACAGUCUCUGUGUGUCAGACCUUUUUGUUUUUUUUACACAUGGGACGAAUCAAGUCAAGGUGCCCCUGUUGCCAUAACUCCCAACGCCUCUCCAGUUCCAUGUAUAUUGAACGGCCGAUUUUGCUCUACCGAAAGGGGGAAAAAACCCCCCGAAAAGAAAAGGUGGCAUAGAAAGACUCUCAUCCUUUUAUACCCUGCAUCUCUUGCGACUUUGAUUAUUAUGGACGAAUUCUUCAAUGUGCGCCGUUCUCCUGCUUCAUAUCCACGUCAUCGCCGCCAGCGAGGACCUUAGUUUUUGGAACAUGGUCGCCCUCGCCAGGGCCGCUGCCUGGUGUCUGCGCCACCACGUUCCCUUGCUCGUCGACGAACUCGAAGUUGUACUUGCUGAGUAAGUGAGGAAUGGCAGACAGCUGAGGGCCAUAACGAGCAGAGUUGUCGUAAAGCUCAAAUAGAGGAACCGCAAGCAGUUUCAUGUUCUUCGGGACACUCAGGACCUUUGAGUUUGGUAGCUGGAUGAAAUAGAGCUUCUUGCACUCCUUGGGACGCGUGACAUGCGCCGGGACGAACGGGUACAUGAAUGUCUCAAAGUUGGGCCGCCACCACUGCGCAAGGCAGUCUCCGAUCUGCCAGUCUCCGGCCUCCUCGCCCUCACCCAGCCUUCCGACGGGUGCCAGCCGCUCAUCUAAGCGCGCCUUGAAGCCCUCGACCUCGUCGUCCUCCGGCCGCAGAUAGUCGCCGGGUAAUUUGAAGAAUGCGUUUGCGAUCUGGAGCAUGAGAAUGUGUGGGUGGUUGUGCUCGUGGCAGACAAGGAUGCCCUCGCAGGUGCGGCGCAUGCCGUGUGCGUUGUAGUGCUCUUCAAGGCGCUUCAGGCGUGCCAGAACCGAAGGGUCUUCCUCGGGCUGUGUCUCCUUGACGCCAAAUGUGUAAUUCGAUAGCGGGUAGAGGCGGAUGGUCUCGGGCUGGUUCGCGUUGAAGGACAGUGGUAUUAUGGGCGGCUGCCCGGAUUGCAGUGCUGUUGUUGUGAUGGUUGACAUUGUGAAGACGAGAAGGUCGAUGCGUGAGCGACUCAGAAUGAUUCAAGUGACGUGAAGAUGAAGUAGGGCGAGCUUCGAUUAGAUAACAGCACAGGAAGUUCUGGUCGCCGGAGCUUAAGUCUGGUUGUAAUAUUCUCCAGACUUUUGAGGUGUCUAUGAAGGCAAGUAUGAUCUGGUAAACAUUCAAGCCGCUGUCGGUCGGUGUUCCAAGUUCCAUAUAGUGA